AUGGGAUUUAGAAAAAGUUUGAGUUGCAAGAUCGAAGAAACAUUUAACUUGAGGGAACCUAUUACCAAAAGAAAAGUUUUGUCAAUUACCCAGAAAAUUUUUGAUCCCAUUGGCUUUACUGCACCGAUAACUGUAAUUCCUAAGCUAAUUUUGCAAGAAACAUGGAACCAGAAGAUUAAGUGGGAUGAAGAUCUUCCUCUUCCCCUAAGUGAGCAGUUUGGGACUUGGUUGAACCAAUUGCCUCUGCUAUCUCAGAUUGAAAUUCCUCGUUGGUUAAAUAUUGAUUACGAAAACGAAGAUACCGUAGUGCUCCACGUUUUUUCGGAUGCUAGUAAAAGAGCCUAUGCCACAUGUGCAUUUUUAAGAGCUGAAACCAUCGAAGGUGUAAAGGUUCAGUUAGUAAGCGCGAGAAGUCGAAUAGCCCCUAUUAAGGAACUUACGAUUCCACGGCUUGAACUUCUUUCCUGUCUGAUAGGUGCCAGGCUUGCCAAAACAAUUCUAUCAGAUUUGAAACUUAAGAAUUGUAGAACAGUGUUCUGGAGUGAUUCUUCUACAGCUUUGGGGUGGAUAAGAAGGGAUCAAGCAUGGGGUACGUUUGUUCACAAUCGAGUACAAGAAAUAAGAUCGCUUACCAGAAUAUCUGACUGGAGGCAUGUACCUGGAAGUUUAAACCCAGCGGAUCUCCCAUCGAGAGGAUGUACUAUUGAGCAAUUACAGAAAUCGGCAUGGUGGGAGGGCCCAUCGUGGCUUUACUUACCAGAAGACGAGUGGCCCCAUGUAGAAGAAAAGCCUGAUGAAGAACUUAUAAACAAGGAAAAAAGGAAAACGAUUCUGACUCUUCUAGAUCAUGGAGACAAUUUGGACCGGUACUACAAAUACUUCUCUUCAUAUAGAAAAACCGUGAGAAUGAUCGCUUGGAUUUUCAGGUUUUAUCACAAUUUAAAGAACAAAGAUAAAAACCUCACUCCUGAUGUCUCAGUUGAUGAAUUGGAGAAUGCUGAAAAGGCACUUUGUAGAUUGGUACAGAAAGAAUCAUUUACAGGCAUAAACGAUCCCGCUAUUCGUGCGCUGAGACCAAUCGUAGACCAAAAUGGAAUUUUAAGAGCCAAAACGAACGUCCUACAGCGUCAAGAUAAUGAAAAUUUCCGAUAUCCUAUCAUUUUACCUUCAAAACAUAUUCUUGUUGAGAGACUAAUUUACGAGAAACAUCUAGAACUCCAGCAUGCUGGUGUCAGCACUUUAAUGACAAAUCUUAGAGAAAACUUUUGGAUAUUAAAAUCCAGAAAAAGUAUUCGAAAUAUUAUCAGAAAAUGUGUAAGAUGUAAAAGAUUUGUUUCACAAAGAGUGGAAGUCGAGCCAGGAUUUCCACCCGAAGAUCGAGUCAGAGAAGGGGCGACUUUUGAAGUCGUCGGUGUAGAUCUAGCGGGUCCUCUCUAUCUCCGUGAGGGGUCUAAAGCGUGGAUAGUCUUGUAUACAUGUGCCAUUUAUAGAGCCAUUCACCUCGAACUAGUUACUUCUCUAUCUACAGAAACUUUCAUCCAAUCUUUACGUAGAUUCAUUGCCAGAAGAGGUAGACCUUAUGUGAUAUAUUCCGACAACGGAACUAAUUUUGUAGGGACUAACAGUGUUCUUAAGAAAGUUAAUUGGAACGCCAUAUGUUCAGCUGCUUCUAUCCAAAGGAUACGAUGGAAGUUCAACCCUUCAACCCUCCGACCGCCGCCUGGUGGGGAGGUUGGUGGGAGAGGCUUGUGCGAAUGGUGA